AUGCCGGCGGGCAUGACGAAGCAUGGCUCCCGCUCCACCAGCUCGCUGCCGCCGGAGCCCAUGGAGAUCGUGCGCAGCAAGGCGUGCUCGCGGCGCGUCCGCCUCAACGUCGGGGGCCUGGCGCACGAGGUCCUGUGGCGCACCCUGGACCGCCUGCCCCGCACGCGGCUGGGCAAGCUCCGGGACUGCAACACACACGACUCGCUGCUCGAGGUGUGCGACGACUACAGCCUGGACGACAACGAGUACUUCUUCGACCGCCACCCGGGCGCCUUCACCUCCAUCCUCAACUUCUACCGCACUGGGCGGCUGCACAUGAUGGAGGAGAUGUGCGCGCUCAGCUUCAGCCAGGAGCUCGACUACUGGGGCAUCGACGAGAUCUACCUGGAGUCCUGCUGCCAGGCCCGCUACCACCAGAAGAAGGAGCAGAUGAACGAGGAGCUCAAGCGUGAGGCCGAGACCCUCCGCGAGCGAGAGGGCGAGGAGUUCGAUAACACGUGCUGUGCGGAGAAGCGGAAGAAGCUCUGGGACCUCCUGGAGAAGCCCAACUCCUCGGUGGCUGCUAAAAUCCUGGCCAUAAUUUCCAUCAUGUUCAUCGUCCUCUCCACCAUUGCCCUGUCACUCAACACACUCCCCGAGCUGCAGAGCCUUGAUGAGUUUGGCCAGACCACAGACAACCCCCAGCUGGCCCACGUGGAGGCUGUAUGCAUCGCAUGGUUCACCAUGGAGUACCUGCUGCGGUUCCUUUCCUCACCCAAGAAGUGGAAGUUCUUUAAGGGCCCACUCAAUGCCAUUGACUUGUUGGCCAUCCUGCCAUACUAUGUCACCAUCUUCCUCACCGAGUCCAACAAGAGCGUGCUGCAGUUCCAGAAUGUCCGCCGCGUGGUCCAGAUCUUCCGUAUCAUGCGUAUCCUCCGCAUCCUCAAGCUCGCACGCCACUCCACUGGUCUGCAGUCCUUGGGUUUCACCCUGCGAAGGAGCUACAAUGAGCUGGGUCUUCUCAUCCUCUUCCUCGCCAUGGGCAUCAUGAUCUUCUCCAGCCUCGUUUUUUUUGCUGAGAAAGACGAGGAUGACACCAAAUUCAAAAGCAUUCCGGCCUCUUUCUGGUGGGCCACCAUCACCAUGACAACUGUUGGUUAUGGAGACAUCUACCCCAAGACCCUCCUGGGGAAAAUUGUAGGGGGGCUCUGUUGCAUUGCAGGGGUGCUGGUGAUUGCUCUACCCAUUCCCAUCAUUGUCAACAACUUCUCUGAGUUCUACAAAGAGCAAAAGAGGCAGGAGAAAGCAAUCAAGCGGAGAGAGGCUUUGGAGAGAGCUAAGAGGAAUGGCAGCAUUGUAUCCAUGAACAUGAAGGAUGCUUUUGCCCGGAGCAUUGAGAUGAUGGACAUUGUGGUUGAGAAAAAUGGAGAGAAUAUGGGUAAGAAGGACAAGGUGCAAGAUAACCACUUGUCUCCCAACAAAUGGAAAUGGACAAAGAGGACACUGUCUGAAACCAGCUCAAGUAAGUCAUUUGAAACCAAGGAGCAAGGAUCCCCUGAAAAAGCCAGGUCAUCUUCUAGUCCCCAGCAUCUCAAUGUCCAGCAGUUGGAAGACAUGUACAAUAAGAUGGCCAAAACUCAAUCUCAACCCAUCCUCAAUACCAAGGAGUCAGCAACACAGAGCAAACCAAAUGAAGAACUUGAAAUGGAGAGUAUCCCCAGUCCCGUAGCCCCUCUGCCCACACGUACAGAAGGGGUCAUCGACAUGCGAAGCAUGUCAAGCAUUGAUAGCUUCAUCAGCUGUGCCACGGACUUCCCUGAAGCCACCAGGUUCUCCCACAGCCCUUUGGCAUCACUCCCCAGCAAGACUGGGGGCACCAUGGCACCAGAGAUGGGCUGGCGGGGAGCUCUGGGUGCCAGUGGAGGUAGGUUGGUGGAGGCCAACCCUACCCUAGAUGCCAGCCAUCACUCUGGUUUCUUCAUCGAGAGCCCCAAGAGUUCCAUGAAGACCAACAACCCCUUGAAGCUCCGGGCACUUAAAGUCAACUUCAUGGAGGGUGAUCCCAGCCCACUGCUCCCUGUUCUGGGGAUGUACCAUGACCCUCUUAGGAACCGGGGGGGAGCUGCAGCUGCUGUCGCUGGACUGGAGUGUGCCACGCUCUUGGACAGGCCUAUGCUGAGCCCAGAGUCCUCCAUAUACACGACAGCGAGUACUAGGACACCACCCCGGUCCCCCGAGAAACACACAGCAAUAUCAUUCAACUUUGAGGCAGGUAUCCACCAGUACAUUGAUGCGGACACAGACGAUGAAGGGCAGCUGCUCUACAGUGUGGAUUCCAGCCCCCCCAAAAGCCUCCAUGGGAGCACCAGUCCCAAGUUCAGUGUUGGGACAAGAUCAGAGAAGAACCACUUUGAAAGCUCCCCCUUACUCACCUCCCCUAAGUUCUUAAGGCAGAACUGUAUUUACUCCACAGAAGCAUUGACUGGAAAAGGCCCCAGUGGUCAGGAGAAGUGCAAACUCGAGAACCACAUCUCCCCCGAUGUCCGUGUGUUGCCGGGAGGAGGGGCCCAGGGAAGCACACGGGAUCAGAGCAUCUGA